AUGGACGACUUUUAUACCCGCUAUCUUCGAGUGUGCAAUGAAUGCCUUGUGUCUCCACUGGAAUGCGUUAUAUCUCAACUGCAACGUCGAACAGAGGACGAUACAAGAAUACUUGACCUCUCAUCUUACAACUUUACCCCUGAUGACUGCAAUGCACUUGCUAAAACGUUAUCAUACGAUACUUAUUUUAAAGAAGUUCGUUUUAACGACUGCUUAUUAAGUGAAGAUGCUUCCAAAAUGCUUUUAUAUGGCUUGCUUCGCAGUCGUUCGCUGGAAACAAUCGACCUCAAAGGCAACAAUUUACGUUGCUCCGGCGCCGACGCUGUUGGUAUAUUUCUCAAGAAAAACACAUCGGUCCGUUGUCUACGCUUGGAUUGGAAUUCUCUGGGUUUGUGGGGUACUGGUGUGGGUGCUUUAGCUGAGGGGCUGGCUGUCAAUCAAACUGUGGUGUUACUAGACUUGAGAAAUAAUCAGAUAUCACAUGAUGGGGCAACAGAAUUGGCUUCAUCUCUCAAGAGAAAUUCAACAUUGAAGGUGUUGGACUUGCGUUGGAAUAAUGCUGGUUUACUUGGAGGACGUGCAUUUCUUGCAGCAUUGCAGUAUAAUAAAUCAUUAACCUUGUUAGAGUUACAAG